AUGACCACCCGCUACCGAGUAGAAUACGCACUCAAGACCCAUCGGCGCGACCAAUUCAUCGAAUGGAUCAAAGGUCUCCUUGCAGUACCAUUCGUACUACUCUCCCAACCCACCAACAUCCAUGAAUCCGACAAGCCCAGCGUGAGCGAGAUGGCCAAGUCCGCCCACGCCCGCUAUGCUCAGAUCAUGCGAGAUAUCGAGGAGCUGAUCGUGGACCAUAUUGCACAUCAUCAAUCAGGAUCAAUAUCGAAACUCAAACUACUCGUCCCGUCAGUGGGAACCUUUUUCACGCCUCUUCCGCUGCAAGCGGCCUUUGCGUGGCAGGAUCAGAAACGACGAAUAUCUUCCAGGCGAUUCGUGGCUCCAAGUUUCAAUGAUAUUCGGCAGGUAUUGAACACCGCACAGGCGAUGAGUCUGAUCAAGUCGAGCAAGCUGGAGUUGGUGACGUUCGAUGGUGAUGUAACCCUGUAUGAUGAUGGCGAGUCGCUGGUGUCGGAGAAUCCUGUCAUACCUCGGAUACUGGACUUGAUGCGGAGAGGUGCGAGGAUUGGAAUUGUGACAGCGGCGGGAUACACAGAAGCGGAAAAGUACCAUGGCCGACUACACGGUCUUCUCGAAGCCGUUGCUUGCCUCCCUCCAUCCGCUCAAAAACUGGUCGUUAUGGGCGGCGAAGCGAAUUUCCUCUUCACAUACUCCGCCGACGCUCCCUUCCGGCUGGUCCGAGUACCAGACAAAUCUUGGCACUUACCAGAGAUGUCAACAUGGACAGAAGAGAACAUCACCGCCUUACUCGACGUCGCCGAAGCUGCCUUGAACAACUGCAUCAAAUCCAUGGACCUCCCAGUCUCCGUCCUCCGCAAAGAACGAGCAGUCGGCAUCUACCCUCCAGCUGGUGUUCGCUUAGCCCGUGAGCAGCUUGAAGAAGCAGUGCUCGUAACCCAACGUAUCGUGGAGAUGAGUGAGCCAGGCCGCAAGAUUCCCUUCUGUGCUUUCAACGGCGGCAACGAUGUAUUCGUUGACAUCGGCGAUAAGUCAUGGGGAGUCAUGGCGUGCCAGCAAUACUUCGGCGGAAUCGAGGGCGGACAGACCUUGCAUGUUGGAGAUCAAUUUUUGAGCGCGGGCGCAAAUGACUUCAAGGCGAGGUUGGCGUGUACGACAGCGUGGAUUGCGAAUCCGGCGGAGACGGUGGCGCUGUUGGAUGAGCUGGCGGAGUUGAGUGAUGCGUCCUAGACAAAUUGAGGUCGGCGGGGACCUUGUCGCGUCCGGACAACGGGUUCGAGCUGAUGGCAUGUCGUCUAUCCCCGGCACUUGCUUUCCUAUCGGGAUAAGUCCUUGUGUAUCCGAGUGUAUGGCUCUCAUUCUUGAAGAGCAUGCCAUACGUCAUGACCGGCCUUGCAAGAGAUACAACAACGAAGGAUCUUCGAUUUUCGACAACAACACAACAAC